AACGCUGUCCUCUCCCUGCCAUCCGACCCCACCGCCAGCCCCCACGAGGCCUCAUCCGUCUCGGUGUCGGCAGCCGAGCCGCCUCCACAAAUAGCCCGCCCACCAACCGCCGUGAACCCGUCUGCCAAUCUCCCGUGCGCUCGCCUGCCUCGUGCCGUGUGCCCUCGAGCCGCCGUCGCUUCGAUUGCUCGCUCGCUCGCUCGCCUUCCCCGGCUGCAGUCGCCGCGGCGUCAACGCGUCUUCGCUGCCCGGAGCCUCUCUCCUCCUCCGUGUUCGCCUCUCAGAUCCGGUGCCCAUGGCUAGGAACCCGGGCUGCACCGUCUUCAUAGGUAACUUGGAUGAAAAGGUACCUGAGAGGGUUUUGUAUGAGAUUCUUAUUCAGGUAGGUCGUGUUGUAGACCUACACAUACCCCGUGACAAGGAAACUAGUCGCUCAAAAGGUUAUGCUUUUGCUGAGUAUGAAACAGAGGAGAUUGCCCAGUAUGCCGUUAGGCUAUUUUCUGGCCUUGUUCGACUUCAUAAUAAAACACUUAGAUUUGCGAUCUCUGGACAAGACAAACCCUCGUCAAAUAGCAAUAUUCCUGUAACUCCUAGAUUGAAUCCUGUACCACCACCAAAGCCUCCUCAACUUAUGAGGUCUAGUGAUACUCCAUUAUCACAACAUACGGUGGUGAAUGGCAGGAUUGCAGGCUUUGGUAUCUCACCAAAUCAUUCAUAUGAUGCACGCUCUCAAGCACCAUCAAGUGGGUUGCCGAGUAGAGGACUAAGCAAUGGUACGUAUGAGUACAGUAGACGUGUAUUUGGUUCUGUUCUGAACGAUGUUAGCCGUCGAGCUGCCAGGGAACCAAUUCCAUACCCAUCCUACUAGCAUGUUGAGCUUCGGUGACUAUUACUUGGUAUGCUGACAGAAUAGAACCAGUGAAGCCGUUGUCUGUUGUCUCAGCCAUCUGUAAGGUUAUCUCUGUACUCACCAUUUCAUGCCUGUAAAUAUGGGUUAUGGUGGUCGUGUCAUUUGGGUUGGUCUGUUGUUGUUUACAUUGUAGUGAGACUUGUCCCAGCUGGUUAGGUUCCAUGUCGUGCCCUAGUGACAAGGCCUUGCCUCCACUAAUGUGGCUAUACUAGGAAUUACCAAGUCUAGUUACAUGAAUGGGUGACAAUUUGUUCACAAUUGCUGUUUUAACAUUAAGUGUCGUUAACUGUUUCUCGUGCUAUAGGAGGGUCAGUUUGUGUUUGAGCUAUAAGUAUCUGGUGGAUUUUGUGUUUUCAUCCCAGUUGAAUCUGUAUUAUGUUGGACCAUCAGAAGGGGAAAUGUUGUUUAAAAGAAUAUCAGGAAAUAUGCCUCAAAUUAUUAUGAACUUUUAUAUGAA